AAAGUUGACCUGGACGAAUGACGAUAACUUCGAUCAACAUGGCGUCUUCGUCAUUACGGAAUAUAUGUUUCCUGCUUUUAGUCUGCUGUGCCUCGUUGACUCCCACAAAGUCUGCUGAGGUAAAAUGUACCAAAACCGGGCCUUGCUCCUGUGAAAUGUCCGAUGGGUCAGGGGUCAUUGACCUGAAGAGAGUCGGUAAUGCCGGGAAACCUAUGGAAGUUGAUGCUCGAUUUAUACACGUGAAGGCUGUGGACGCCAACUCAUAUUCAUACAACCCGUGCUGGUCAUUUGAAGAAGUCGGUUGUCAUUCCGUCGCUAUCUGUCAAAGAGUUCCAGAUCGUCGUGCUGCUUUAUAUUUCACUCUUGGAACACACGAUAAAUCAGAUUUUUAUCACAAUGGAACCCACGUGAUUCUAACAUACGAAGGGCUGACUGGAACAAGUCAAGUUGUAAGGACGUCACAUAUUACUUUAGUUUGCAACAAAGAAAACGAUGAUACGUUAUUUAUACCGUAUGGGGAGGAUCCUUGGGUGAAACCAUUACAUUAUUACUACGAUCUUAUAAGUCCACAUUCGUGUCCUGGGAAACACGAAGAAACUUAAUAUAAUGGCAGUCCAUCACCUGAUUUCAGAAAUAAUGAGUGGAUUCGUUUUCACCUUAUCACAGAGCGGGCGAAGCAUUGUAUUACACUGACCACGUAUGUGGGGGUUCAUUUUAAGGGUCGCUGACAUUACCCAAAGAUGGUGAUUUUGAAAAGUGGGUCAAAUAUUUUAAAACAAGUCUAGGGAGUCAUUAUUUCUGUUUUCAAUACACUGUUUACAGUAAUGUUAUUGAGAAAGACCAACCAACUACAGCUAUAGUCGAGGUGUGAGAGGGCGCUGUCACACAAUUUUAGUUUAUUGUUAUUCGAUACGUGAUACGCAACACAUAGACAAAUGUCCCCACUCUAUGUACAGUACUGUAUUCUUUAAAUUUGUAUAUUGUUCAUUUCUAGUAUCUAAUAAAGUACGAUCAUUGCUAUUUUAUUUCAAAACUAGAACAA